AUGAUCUCCCAAGUCUCAACUGACCUUCCGCUAGCAGAAGACGAUCCUGUAAUCGGCUUCCAAAAGAAAGAUCUAAUUGGCCUUGGUCUACCACACAAUGACGCUCUUGUCAUCAACAUUCAAAUCGCUCAGGCCAUGGUCGACCGAAUCCAUGCAGACGAGGGCAGUGCAGCCAACAUCCUACAAUUGACAGUUAUCCAACAGAUGGGCUUAAAGGCAAAGAUCAAUAAAUCAGCCAAGUCGCUGACUGGCUUCAAUGGAGCAACAACGGUUACCGUAGGCACGAUAGAGCUCGAUGUCUACACCCCACCUGUAAUCAACUCGCAAACGUUCAUGGUCAUUGAUGAAGUCUCACCCUACAAUGGCAUUCUAGCCAGACCAUGGAUUAGCAAGAUCAACGCCAUCACCUCCGCCACGCAUCAGCAAGAAAUUGGAGCUUGA